CUUAGCAAAGCUAGGGAUUGACUCCUGGCAAUUGGAAGCCUCAAACCUGGCCCCAUGGAGAGGAUAGUCAUCUACUGCCUGGUCAUCAUCUUCUCUGGGACAGUGGCCCCUAAACACAGCUCCCCACUCCGCCGCCAGACCAGGAUGGUCCAACUUCUACAAAUUGUCGAACAGCUGAAAACGUGUGUGAAUGACACGGAUCCUGCACUUCUGCCUACCCCCGAAAAUGUUGAGAAACACUGUGAGGAAUCAGCUAUCAAAUGUUUCCAAGAGGCCCCAUUAACACCUUCCAAUAAUGAAGAAAAGAAAAUGAGAUUUGGUAUUUUAAUUAAACAACUCAGAAGGAAAUUGCCUUGGAGAGAAGCCAAAAAGACCAAGCCAAAAUGCCCUUCAUGUGAUUCCUUUAAGGAGAAGCCACCCCAAGAAUUCCUCGACAGCCUGAGAUCACUUCUUCAAAAGAUGAUUGCUUACGAUCAGCCUCCGCAUCAUCACCAUUGCCGUGGCCACUGCACCUAAUACAUGAGGGAGGUGAAGAUGCCCGAAGCCCUAAGACAAAGUUGGACACUAUGUGACAUACUCUAAGAUUUUAAUAUUCUAACAGAGGAAAUGCAGCAUAACCAUGAUGGGGGAAAAUUA